AUGUGUUACUAUGCAGGAUACUAUGGAGGCCUGGGCUAUGGCUAUGGUGGCCUAGGUUAUGGCUAUUGCUGUGGCUGUGGCUGUGGCUAUGGUGGCUAUGGUGGCUAUGGUUAUGGCUGCUGCCGCCCACUGUGCUGUAGAAGGUACUGGUCCUGUGGCUUCUACUGA